UUCAUUUAUUGUGCAUUCGUGGAAUACUUGUUCUUGUAAAAUAUUUUAAUGUAAUCAAUUAUUGAAUUUUUUUCGCAUAACAUUAUUCAUAAUAUUGCGGCCUUUUCAUUACUUACUUUUUAGUCGUACUAGUCAUUAAGAAAUGUGUGGUCAGAUCAGCUCCUGAAAGGACAGAUUCGGCACCAAUAAAGGCCAAGCUAGUUGUUUUUAUGACCGGUGAUUCGUUCACCAUUGGAUGUAAAUUUCCAUAGCCAAUCAAGAAAGGACCAACUACGCUUCUACCAAUAUAAUUAACAUAAUAAAAUGAUGGAGCAGUUUCAAGUAGUAACGAGUGGUGGUGCCGUUGCAUCGCAAGCUGCUUCCCAUGUAGCAGUUUCAGGCGGAAAUGGAAAUGCAGAACAAGUAGCCGUCAUGCAAGGUCUGCAGUCUGCUGUUCAAGUAUCUGGAGCACAAGUUGCACAAUUAUCUCCACAGCCACAGGUAUUACAAGUUUCACAAGGGGGCCAACCAAUUAUGGUUCAAGGUCUUCAACAAGGUCAUGCUAUUCAAAUUCAAGGCCAGACUGGCCAACAAGUACAACAAAUUCAAGUUAUUCCUAUUGGCCAGCUAUCUGGUGCACAAGGUCAACAACAGAUAAUUAUACAGCAACCAGGACAAGGACAAAUAAUUCAAACUCCAGAUGGUCAAACUUUAGUCUAUCAGCCUGUAAUGGAAGGAUCAAAUUUCAUACAGACUCAAGGAGGUAUUAUACAGAUACCAUCAGUUACGGUUGCUGCUCCUGCUCCACAAGUUGUUCAAACAACCACAACCACUGCUGCUAGUCCUACCCCACAGACAAUCACAAUACCUUCAAAUGUUCCACCUGCUAAUAUUGUUAUGCAAGUUGUUCCUGGUAAUGGUGGUAUUCAAGCAGUUCAAAGGAUACCUCUCCCAGGUGCUGAGCUGUUAGAAGAAGAACCUUUGUAUGUUAAUGCUAAGCAGUAUCAUAGAAUUUUAAAAAGAAGACAAGCUCGAGCAAAACUAGAAGCUGAAGGAAGAAUACCUAAAGAACGACGGAAAUAUUUGCACGAAUCCAGACAUCGUCAUGCGAUGAAUCGGGUUCGAGGUGAAGGUGGUCGUUUUCAUUCAGGGUCUAUGAAAGAGGAAAUGAUGAUGCAUUCAAAGCUAUCAACAGAUUCUCAGACAAAUACGGAUUCGGAAGGCUUAAGUGGCAAUAAUGGAAUAUCUGAUUUGGCAGGUUUAGAUGGGGUGUUGCAGCUGUGCAGCCCCAAUGGACAAGCCGCCACUGUGUGGAAAACUCAAUUGCUGGGCAUUGACAACAAUCAUGGAAUAAUUACAAAGGUGCCACUGAGGUCAAAAUCGAAAUCUGGGAAACCUCAGAAGGUGGAAAGAAAACUUUAAAAGUUGAUGGCAAGAAUAUCCAGAACGGUCGUAUACUUACUGCAAAUCUCUUGCCUGAGGAGUCAAAUUGAGUGAAAGAUCUUCCAAAAUGUUGCUAUGCCGAGUGUUUCAGAAAAUUUAUAGGAACACUUCACAUGCAAGUUUUAAUUAACUUUAUAUAACGAUUGUGAUUUUACCAACUUAGUACUGCAUUAUCGGAUCUUGGUAAAGAGCUGAUUGUCCAAAAGCAAUAUGAAUUCCUUAAGACAUACAGAUUUAUUUAUUACUAACAUUUUAAUGCAUGGGCAUUUCUACACUUACUUGAAUAACGAAGAAGCUAUGCAAUCUGUUUUUAAGACAUAAGAAAAGUACUUUUUUGUAUAUUCCUAGCAAUACAGGAGAAACAUUUAUUGCUUUACUCUCCCUGUGAAGUUGUUUUUAGUCUCAUGCAUUUAAGGACAAAUAUGCACUUAAGUGUGUGAACAAAACACUAAGUGUCAUGGCUAUAUAGUUUCCAGAAGAUUGUGCCUCUAUGCAUCUAAAUGUGUAAAAUAUGUAUGAUUAAAAGUUGAACAGAAGUCUGCAAAUAUGACUGAUUUUUUGCUCAUUGCUUUUUGGCCUCUUUCUGUGUUUAAAAUUUAGUGAUAUGAGUUUACUUAUUUUGUGAAUUAAAUUUAUGACUCUUUGAAGUAAAUUUUGAAUUUUUGUUGAGUUGAUUUUUGAUCUUCCGAGUGACCAGUUGUUUUGACUGGAUAAGUUUAAGCUGUAUGAAUGAGCUUUAAAGUGGCCACACCAAGCUCUUUGAUAUGUAAUUGAUGCCUUAAGAAUAAUUUUAAUCUUCGGAAUUUUAGAAAAUGUCCGAAUAAAGGGAAGUGUUUCUGCCUUUAAACUGAACAAUGAAACAAUGAAAGCUAAUUCAGCUGUUUAGAAGCUUAAACUUUUUCCGAUUCAUCAGUGGUCGAUGUUUUUACGCACAAAAUAGGCUUGAAAUGUUCUUAUUAAUAAAGUUUCAUGAAUUAAGAAAACUUUUUUAUACAAAAGGCAAUUUAUUAUUUUCUAUUUGUGUGUGAGCAAUUUUUCGUGAUUAAUUACCAUUUCAAGCUUUUUAUAUAUUUAAAACAUUAAUAGUCUGAACUAGAUUUAUUCUUAACUAUUUGUAUCCAGUGCUUCCUUUUUGAAAUGUUAGCCAUGUUGUUACGAAGCAUUAACAUUAUGCUGGGAAUGUAUUAUGAUUAAUGACUUAAAUAUCAGUGUAAAUGUUCUUUUUGUGAUUCUGGAUAGCUUAUCACACUAUCCUAUAAAAAAAAUCCAUCCAUCUUUUUGUAGAUUCAUCACAAUCAGAUUUAUGAUAAAAAAGCAAUACAAAAACAGAACUUAUGUUUUAUGAUAUGACAUGAAAAUUAAAUGAAUAGAUUAUGAUAUUAAUAAUAUCAUUAUUUAAUUUCAAAUUUUCUUCAAGUUUUGAUUUAAUGAAAAAAUAAAAAUGGCUUUUCUUGGUUAUUGGAAGGAAAAA